CAUAAUAAUAAUAAUUUAAUUUCCUAAUAUGAAAAUACUGUGAGGAAGCCAUGUGGUCACGAGAUGGCUCAGUCGGUGUCAGGAUCAGGAACGAAAGCUUUCUUUGAAGAAUCAAAUCUGUGCUUCCCUACCCGACUUUUCCUUUCUCGUACACUAUUAAUGCAUCUCCCCAGUCCCCACUGUGGUCCGUAAAAAGUACAGCUCUUUGAUUCAAAAUCCUGCCUCUGGUUUCCGGGGUCGUCUCGGGUCAGUUUUUUUCCAACUAUUUUCCAUCAUGGGUUCGCUGAAGAACGAUGAGGAAAUCGAGCAGAUGGGCGAUGGAUCAGCGAAAGAGGCGAUUCUCUACGUUAAUGGAGUUCGAAAAGUUUUGCCUGAUGGCUUGGCUCACUUGACCCUUCUCGAGUAUCUCAGAGACAGUGGGCUCACUGGGACGAAGCUGGGAUGUGGUGAAGGUGGCUGUGGAGCUUGCACUGUUAUGGUUUCUCAGUAUGAUAAAAGCACAAAGACAUGUGUGCACCGGGCUGUCAAUGCGUGCUUAGCUCCUUUGUAUUCGGUUGAAGGAAUGCAUGUGAUUACUGUAGAGGGAGUCGGGAAUCGAAGGAUUGGAUUACACCCGAUUCAGGAAUCGUUGGCACGUUCUCAUGGCUCCCAAUGUGGGUUCUGCACUCCUGGAUUUAUUAUGUCAAUGUAUGCACUAUUAAGGUCGAGUCGAGAACCCCCUGCCGAGGAGCAAAUCGAAGAAUGCCUUGCUGGAAAUUUGUGUCGUUGUACUGGUUAUAGACCAAUCGUUGAUGCAUUUCGGGUUUUUGCUAAGACGGAUGAUGCAUUGUACACUAACACUAAUCCUAAAGAAGGUGAAGAGUUUGUGUGCCCUUCGACUGGUAAACCUUGUUCAUGCAGAUUGAAGGUGCCGGUGGAUGACAAAUGUGCUUCCGUUCAUAAUACAGCUUGUGGUGGUGAGAGGUAUAAUAUAUCGUCAUAUAGUGAAGUAGAUGGGAGCAAGUACACAGAGAAAGAGCUGAUUUUUCCUCCCGAGCUAUUAUUGAGGAAGCUGACUCCUUUGAGUUUGACUGGCUUCAACGGGCUUAAAUGGUACCGGCCUGUAAGACUUCAGCACGUGCUGGACCUAAAAGCAAAGUAUCCUGAUGCGAAGUUGGUGAUUGGUAAUAGUGAAGUUGGGAUAGAGAUGAGGCUGAAGAGACUCCAGUAUCAGACUUUGAUCCAUGUGGCUAAUGUACCUGAACUUAAUAUCUUGAAUGUCAAGGAAGACGGCAUAGAGAUAGGAGCUUCUGUAAAAUUGAGUGAUCUCCUGCAAGUGCUUAGAAAGGUUAUAGAUGAGCGUGCUGCUCAUGAAACAUCAUCGUGUAAGGGCAUUGUCGAACAACUGAAGUGGUUUGCUGGAACACAGAUUAAAAAUGUUGCCUCUGUUGGAGGCAAUAUUUGCACAGCUAGUCCAAUAUCUGAUUUAAAUCCUCUGUGGAUGGCUGCUAAAGCAGAGUUUCGAAUUGUGGACUCAAAGGGAGGCAUUAGAGCAACACAGGCAGAUAAGUUCUUCCUAGGUUACAGAAAGGUGGAUCUUCAGAGUGGUGAGAUUCUUCACUCGGUGUUCUUACCAUGGACUGGACAGUUUGAGUAUGUGAAAGAAUUUAAGCAGGCUCAUCGAAGGGAGGAUGAUAUUGCAAUUGUUAAUGCUGGAAUGCGUGUUUCUCUUGAAGAAAAGGGAAAUCAAUGGGUUGUUUCAGAUGCAUCAAUUGCUUAUGGUGGGGUGGCUCCUCUAUCUUUGGCUGCUGUGAAAACUGGAAAGUUUCUUAUUGGGAAGAGCUGGAAUCAGGAGCUCUUCUUGGCUGCUCUGCAGGUUUUAGAAACAGAUGUUCUGCUCAAUGAAAACGCUCCUGGUGGUAUGGUGGAAUUUAGGAAAUCUUUGACUUGCAGUUUCUUCUUCAAAUUUUUCAUGUGGGUUUCACAUCAAAUGGGAGGAGAUAACUCUGCCAGUCUAAGUGUGCCAUUGUCUCAUUUGUCUGCUGUACAACCCUUCAGCCGUCCUUCAGUUAUGGGAAGUCAAGAUUAUGAAAUUCAGAAACUAGGGACCUCUGUGGGGUCGCCUGAGGUGCAUCUAUCAGCAAAACUCCAGGUCACAGGGGAGGCAGAAUACGCAGAUGAUGCUCCCAUGCCAUCAAAUGGUUUGCAUGCUGCGCUUGUAUUGAGCCAAAAGCCUCAUGCUCGAAUAGUUUCCAUAGAUGAUUCGGAAGCCAAGUCUUCACCUGGAUUUGCAGGCAUUUUCUUAUCCAAAGAUGUACCAGGUGAUAAUCGCAUUGGCGCUGUUGCAGAGGAUGAGGAAACAUUUGCUACAGAGUUUGUUACUUGUGUUGGUCAGGUUAUAGGGGUUGUUGUCGCUGAUACACAUGAAAAUGCCAAGUUAGCUGCAAGGAAAGUUCAUGUUGAGUAUGAAGAGCUCCCAGCAGUUCUGACUAUCCGAGAAGCCAUCAUUGCUGGAAGUUACCAUCCUAACACCGAGAAGUGUUUAAAAAGUGGCGAUGUAGAUGCCUGUUUCAGAUCUGGCGAAUGUUACAAAAUCAUUGAGGGAGAGGUGCAAGUAGGGGGCCAGGAACACUUCUACUUGGAGCCGCAAAGCAGUUUCAUAUGGACUAUGGAUGGUGGCAAUGAAGUUCACAUGAUUUCAUCGACACAAGCUCCUCAUAAGCACCAGAAGUAUGUGGCCCAUGUUCUUGGUCUUCCACUGUCAAAAGUAGUAUGCAAAACAAAACGACUCGGUGGUGGAUUUGGUGGAAAGGAAACAAGAUCAGCUUUCAUUGCUGCUGCAGCUUGUGUGCCAUCUUAUCUAUUGAAUAGGCCAGUCAAAAUCACCUUAGACCGAGACAUAGACAUGAUGACAACUGGGCAACGUCACAGCUUUCUUGGGAAAUACAAGGUUGGCUUCACAAAGGAGGGAAAACUUCUUGCACUGGAUCUUGAGAUCUAUAACAAUGCUGGAAACUCCCUAGACCUGUCGCUUUCGAUACUUGAACGGGCGAUGUUCCACUCUGACAAUGUUUAUGCAAUCCCGAAUGUCCGGAUAGUAGGAAGGGUUUGCUUUACCAAUCUUCCUAGUAAUACUGCUUUCCGAGGAUUUGGGGGUCCUCAAGGCAUGAUCAUAGCUGAGAAUUGGAUUCAAAGAGUUGCUGUUGAGGUUAACAAAACCCCAGAAGAGAUAAAGGAAAUUAAUUUUCAAGGUGAAGGAUCAAUAACGCAUUACGGCCAGCAACUUCAGCACUGCACACUGGCCCCACUUUGGAAUGAACUGAAGUUAUCUUCCGACUUUUGUAAGGCCCGCGAAGAUGUCAAUCACUUCAAUCGCCAUAACAGGUGGAAGAAGCGUGGGUUGGCUAUGGUUCCUACAAAAUUCGGGAUAUCCUUUACUGCAAAGUUCAUGAACCAGGCAGGCGCUCUCGUUAAUGUCUACACAGAUGGAACCGUAUUGGUCACCCAUGGCGGGGUUGAAAUGGGGCAAGGUUUGCAUACCAAAGUUGCUCAAGUUGCUGCUUCUGCCUUCAAUAUUCCUCUAAGCUCCGUGUUUAUAUCCGAGACUAGUACUGACAAAGUACCAAAUGCAUCACCGACAGCAGCUUCUGCAAGCUCUGACUUAUAUGGAGCAGCAGUGCUGGACGCUUGCGAGCAGAUCAAAGCACGGAUGGAACCAGUUUCUUCUAAACAUAAUUUCACCUCUUUCGCCGAGCUGGCCAGUGCAUGCUAUUUUCAGAGAAUAGACCUCUCUGCUCACGGGUUUUACAUUACCCCCAAUAUUGGGUUCGAUUGGAUCACCGGUCAAGGUGACCCCUUUAGCUACUUCACCUAUGGUGCUGCAUUUGCUGAGGUUGAGAUCGACACGUUGACUGGUGAUUUCCACACGAGGACGGCCAAUAUUAUUCUGGACCUUGGCUAUUCUAUCAAUCCUGCCAUUGAUGUUGGACAGAUUGAAGGAGCAUUUCUUCAAGGACUGGGAUGGGCAGCAUUGGAAGAACUGAAGUGGGGAGAUGAAGCCCAUAAGUGGAUCCCUCCCGGGUGCUUGUACACAUGCGGCCCUGGAAGUUACAAGAUCCCUUCGCUCAACGACGUUCCAUUCAAAUUCAAUGUCUCACUUCUCAAGGGUCACCCGAAUGUGAAGGCCAUCCACUCAUCGAAAGCAGUUGGCGAGCCACCAUUCUUCCUGGCUUCGGUAGUACUCUUUGCCAUCAAAGACGCGAUCAUUGCUGCGAGGGCAGAAGUCGGGCAUCACGAGUGGUUCCCUCUGGAUAGCCCAGCUACACCAGAGAGAAUCCGGAUGGCUUGCCUCGAUCAGUUCACUGAACCUUUCAUCACCUCCGAUUUCCGGCCAAAGCUCAGUAUCUAAAAAUACCAUCAACCUAACCAGAAUGCCCAACAGAAAACAGCUGUGUGUAUAGUUUGUAUUGUAAGUCAAAAGUCCAGCAACUGUUUAAAACGCGGGAUUGUGCUGUAGGAAAGUCACAGAUGGGAAAUUGUUGGCACAACCAUUAGAUGAAUAUGUUAUUUGUCUUAUUGAUAUAAGAACUUGUGGUGGGUGAAACAGGGUUGUUGAUGUUUCUUCAUCGACCGACCUUGCAGUUCUUACAUAUUCCAUCUUUACCUAAUGCCAUUGUCUGUAUUGCCCGCCAUUGACUUACCUUUUGGCUUUACCUAGAGUUUCUGUCUUUGUCAAAGGCAUUUUCCUCCUAACAUUGGCUUUUGGAAUGGAGUGGAAAGACAAGGUAGAAAGUAUUGAGGAAGUUGUAGAAGCAAAAGAUAUUAGCAACCACAACCCGUUUAAUUUAUAUUCUACAUGAGAUAUUCAAUCACCCAACCCGUUUUGGGAACAUGAGAUGUUAGUGAUUUCGGUGCCCAACCGGUUAUCCAGCUCGAGUUAUAUAUAUUUUAGAUAUGUUAUUAUUAAUAUAAUUUUCUUAUAAAGAAGAACAUAUUAAACAUCAAAGCUAAAAAUCCAGUUUAAAAAUGCCCCAAAAGAUCUACAUGUUCCCAAAAGAUUUGUACAGUUUUUCAAAAUUCAUUAAUACAUGCAAUCUUUGGGGUCAUUAAAAAAAGCACGGAAAGUUAAUAAAAGAAAAAAUACAAUCGUUCAAAAAAACAGAAGGGACACGUUGAUUAACAAAUAAUAAUUGGUGGUAACUGCUUGGAAAAAAAUACAGAAUAUAUAAAAAAAGGGAAAAAACACCCUAAUUCCGAAAAUUAAGGAGAGCUCUCCAAGGCUGACGUGGAUAGGGUGCUUUUCUCAAACCCCUGUAUUAUAUUUUAAGAUUCUACAUGAGAUCGAAAAAAUCAACUACAUAUUCGUAUUAUGGACAUUUAUCUUAUCAUCGAGUAUCAUCUUGAGAAAUAGACUCUUCACUUAUCUGGACUACGAGAUUUUUGAUAUCAUCUUAUAUGAUAUCAGAGCUUUUCAAUGUAAAAAAAUUAAAUUGUUUAUGAUAAAUCAGGAUCAGUAUUGAUUGCUUAGUUUAUGUUAGCAAAUGACUAUCUCAGAUUAAUUAGAGAUAUCUAGAUGAAAUGAUUUAAUCAAAUAUAUAUUGAGUUUGGUAUUUCAAAAUAUAAAUAAGGCUAAUAAAUUAAAGAGAGUCACCAGGUGGAUAAUAAAUAAUUAAAAAAAUAAUUUUAUCCGAUUUUAUAUCUCUAUAAACUUUUAUGUCACUAAAUUUGUGCUUUUAUGUAUGAAACUUGUCACAAACUCACAAUUUCAUCUAGUUCGGUCCAUUUACAUGCUAUACAUAAUAAUUAAUAAAGUAACUAUUUAAAUUAUUAAUAAUAAAGUAAUAAAAAAUUAAGUGAAAUAAUUAACCUUUGGAUUACCAACCUUAACUAAUCAAGUACUAGUUGAAUUUGAUUCGUUCAAAAUUACUAUUCAUGUCAACAAAUAAAAUUUUACGCCGGUCAUGAUCUCCUAGAUAGACGAGACCGAUUCAAUUAUGAUGAAAGAAGACAGUAAGCUAGUUGAUUAGAAUUUGUUGCACAUUUUUAACUACUUAGGCUUUGUAUUUAAUCUCAGUGAUUUAUAGCUAGUGGAAGAAGCAAAAGAUAAAUACAAGCUUCGAUCCAAUUGUCAGAUUAUAGUGAAUACAAAUUCAGUAGCCGACAAGAGAGACUUGGUCUGUAAAAAAUAAAAUAAAUACAAGUUUCCAAACAGAAAAUGUUAACUACAUUGAAAUCAUGUCAAUGGAUCUUAGUGAGGUCCUAGAGGAGACUCAAUGCAGUAAAAUGUGGAAUAUUGU